AUGCCACUUGAGACUCAAGAAAAUAUAUCAGUUAAUGAUUUGUUAGUUGAAACUUUGAUUAGAGAAGCUAAAUUAAACAAUCUUUUUGAACUAACUGAGGUCCCUUUAAAAUUUCUUACGUUAGUUGAAAUAUGCAUUAUCAGAAAGGAACAUGAAGCUGAAUUAUCCACUACUAAUGAACAUGAUGAACCUAAUAGCCUUUGUUGUCUCAUUGCUUUAGACGAUUUUGAGAGUAGUGAGUUGUGUUUCCCACAACUACAAAUUGUAGUAAAACUCAAACCAGGUCAGGUUGUAGCAUUUUCUUCUCACCUUUUGCUUCAUAUUUAUAAUGAUCUUGAGGAAGGAAUUAAGAGAAAUACUCAUAGAUCAAUUGUUUUAAUAAUCCCUUGUCAAGAUCUUAAUAAUACUCAAAAGCAAGGUCAUAUUAGUUUAGUGUAUGCUAGGCAUGGUUUGAGAGCAGAAGAUUCACUUCCCAAUUUAUAA